AAAAGACAUUCUUGCUGACGUGCUCACCCCUACACUAAUCCUAAUUCUAAUAAAUAAGUAGAACUCUACCACGUGUCAAUCUAUAAGACCUCCAAAAUAGAGUUUUCCCGCUCAUUUUAUUCAUCUAUAUUUACGUAAAUGCCAUACAAUCCAAAUUCAAUAAUUCCGGAAAAAUCUGCAAACAAAUAUGUUAAUCAAUCUUCAGAUUCGAAAAACACGCAUUAAUUUUGAAAGUUUGUUUAUUUUGAUUGCAAAUUAAAUCCCUAAAAAUCUGCAAUAUUAUUCUUUUUCAAACGUAAUCUUCUUAAUUCUUAUUCUUAUUUAUUCAAACGUAAAUAGCAUUCAUACGGUUAUUUUCUUUUUACCAUUCUGCUCCAGACGAAUUCUGCUCCAUAGUAAUAUUUGCAAACGUAUUCUUCUUCAUUCUUCUUGAUUCUGCAACGCUUCAAAAAUUAUAAUAUCAGGUUAGUGUAUCAAAAUAUCAGCAUUACUAAUAUUUCUAACCUCUUAAUUGUCUGAUUUACCAGUUUCUAUCAUUUUUCAUUUUAUUAGUGAUGUUCUUCUUCUUCCUUUUGCUAAUUCUUCUUAAUCAUGUUCUUCUUCUACCUUUUCAGUUUAAAAGACGAAAUUAGUAAUAAAAAUGAGAACUUUAUUUUCUUUAAAAAAAACUGUUCUUCAAAGUUUUAACUAUUACAAUAUGUUUUUUUUUGUUUUGCUGUUUCAUUUACUUUGAUUUGCUGUUAAUUUAAAAGGUUGCUAAUUUUCCUUACAAUUCUUUAAUGAUUAAAUUUAUUGCAGAAAAUGGAAUUCAUUUCGCAUUCUACUGUAAAAUUCACAUUCUUCAUUCACCCUCUUUCUUCGCAUGUUCCAGUCAUUUUUUUUAGUUCAUUCGCAUUUGAGUUGUUUGUCUCACCAAAUACGAAAUGAAUAUUAACCAUAAUCACCUUCGCAUCUUUAACCCCAAUCCAUACAACCUCAUAUGCGAAACCCAAUUUUGAUUUGUAUUACCAAAUGCGAACAUUUUUGCUUUUACACGUGAACUGCAUUUGACUCCAAUAUGCGAACAUCUUUAACCCCAAUCCAUACAACCUCAAAGCUUUAACUAUUACAAUAUGUUUUUUUUUGUUUUGCUGUUUCAUUUACUUUGAUUUGCUGUUAAUUUAAAAGGUUGCUAAUUUUCCUUACAAUUCUAUAAUGAUUAAAUUUAUUGCAGAAAAUGGAAAUAGGAAAUAAGGUUUACCUAAAUAACAUUGACCAGAUAGAUGAAAAAUCGCAUAUCAAGGUUCGGGUGCUUAAAAUUUGGAACUUUGUCAGAAAUAAUAAAGUUUGUUCCAUUGAAAUGAUCAUCAUGGAUGAGGAGGGUACACAAUACCAAGCUCGUGUCUUCAAUCAGAAUUUCUCCAGAUUUCGUCAUCUUUUAAAGGAAGAUGAAAGUUAUAUAGUUAUAAAACCCAAUAUGGCUGCUGUUACUAAUGGUUUUAGUUAUACAGAUAUUACAAAAUACAAUGUCAACAACUAUAAUAACAUCUACACAGUUCUCAGAGUUACAGAAGAUAUGUCCAUUGUUUGUGAAUUGGAAAGUAAAAUAGAACUUAUGAGUAAUCAAUCUGUCUCCUUAAAUCAAGUUGCUUUGGAAUCCGAUGAUGUUGUACAGCCUGUUCAAAAGGAUGUGAUCUCACAAACAGACGAAAGUUUUACACCCUCAACAGUUGAUAAGUCAACUGCAACAAGUCCUUGUAAAAUAUCAGGUGAUUUGAAGCGCAACCUCCAAGAAAUUUAUGAUGUUGAUUCUGGAUAUGAUUUAAGUUCAACUAAGGCUAAAAGAAAGUCAACCGUAGAGGAAACUCCACUCUUGAUUCCAAAAAUUGAAAAGUGA